AUGCUUGACAUCGCGGACUUUGUCCAUGGACCUACUCCUGAGAAGAUCUCAGAGAGCCAAGAGCGGUUAAGGGAGAAUCAGCGACGUCGCGGUGCCCCGGUGGAGGCUGUAGACGAGGUUGUUGCCCUGUUCAAAAUUGCUCGUGAAGCGCGCUAUGAGGUUACUCAGAUAGGCGAAAAGAUCAAUAAGGUUCAAAAGGAGAUUGGGAAAAAGAAGAAGAACAAAGAAGAUGUGUCUGAUCUGAUUGCGGAAAAAGUGGAGCUCGGGAAACAAAAGAAGGACGCUGAUGCAUUGGCUACGGAGAAAGAAUUGUUAAGAGACCAAAAGCUCAGGACCAUCGGAAAUUAUGUCCACGAAGAUGUUCCCACCAGCCAGAACGAGGACGACAACGCAAUUCUCUCGUCAUGGGCGCCAGAAGGGUUCAAAGAAGAGAAGCCGGCCUUCUGCCUUUCACACGACGACAUCCUUCAUCGCUUGGAUGGCUUUGACCAAAAACGCGGCACCAAGAUCUUUGGGCAUCGAGGGUAUUGUCUCAUCAACUAUGGCCUUCUCUUGAAUCUUGCUCUGGUAAAUUACGGGCUGGAGUUUCUGUUCAAGAAGAAGUACACCCUCAACCAGCCGCCUUACUUUAUGCUGAAGCAGUUUAUGGCAAAGACAGCUCAGCUUGAGCAGUUCGAUGAGGAGUUAUACAAGGUCACGGAGAAUGAAGACAAGGCAUCGGAGAGAUAUCUGAUUGCAACUUCUGAACAGCCUCUGUCUGCUUUACAUAGCGGAGAAUGGCUUCAUGAUACCGAUCUUCCCAUCAAAUAUGCUGGUUAUAGCACUUGCUACAGAAAGGAGGCUGGCUCUCACGGCAAAGAGGUAAUGGGGAUUUUCCGUGUGCAUCAAUUUGAAAAGAUAGAACAAUUUGUGAUAACCAAACCUGAGGAUUCUUGGGAUUCCUUCAAGGAUAUGAUGAAGAAUUCAGAGGAAUUUUACCAAUCUCUCGGUCUACCAUAUCGAGUUGUCGAUAUUGUUUCUGGUGCGCUGAAUAAUGCCGCGUCAAGGAAGAAUGACUUGGAAGCAUGGUUUCCCUCCCAGGGCACAUACAAGGAGUUAGUCUCGUGCUCGAACUGCACCGACUACCAAUCCCGAGCAUUGGAGAUACGAUAUCGAGCAAAGAAGGAUUCCGCCGAUGAGAAGGACUGCAGCGACGAGAAUAAGAAGACUUACGUUCACGCAUUAAACGCUACCCUGUGUGCCACAGAGCGCACGCUGUGCUGUCUCUUGGAAAACUAUCAAACAGAAACGGGUAUCAUCGUUCCCGAAGUCUUGCGGAAGUAUAUCCCGGGUCAGCCUACUGAAAUUCUGUAUACUAAGGAUCUGGUUGAGAAAUCCAGCGCGGAUAAGUCCAAGUCGAAAAACAAACAGAAUCCUGGGCCGAAUAAUGGUUGUGUCAUCCAGGAGAUGCAGAACUUGAAGGUAUAA